AUGUUGAAAAGUCUUCAAAAUCUCCAAGGGACCAUUACCAUAUUCCAUUCACCGAAAAUUGCCAGCUCAGUCAAGUUGCUGGGUAUAUUACAGCAACAUUCAACAAAUAAGUCUCGGAUCAGUGAGUCCAGCAAAUCGCAAUCUAAACUUACUCAAAUGCUAUUCGGAUCGAAAGGCUUGCGUUAUAACUACCAGAUAGACGUUGCCGAACGUUUUCCUACACUUGACCAGCUCAAAUUCAUCAAAGAUACGCUCUCUAUGAACCCGCAGUGCAAAAAGGCAUUUAAAGCGGCUUUUCCAUCGAUUGGAUCAGCCAAUGACCACGUGAUUGACUUACAGUCCACUGAUUCCACAGAAUUGAAAGAAUUAGAAUCAAAAAGCAUGGACGAGUUGGUGGAAAAACAUUUGUUCCAGCCGCCGCUUGUUGUGGACUGGGACCAUCAAUUAAUAGCCUCUGAAGAAUCUGAACUGCUCAAGAUAUUGAAAAAUUACGACAAGAACGAAGAGGGCCUCUAA